AUGGAGGAGGAACUUUCUUUUCUAUGUAAGGGAUUAAGGCUCACAGAGGAGGAACAACAAGAAAUACUUCUCCCAAAGGAGGAACUGUUAAUUGCACAGGAUAUUAGUAACUUGUGUCUUGCUGCAUUGGUGGUAUCGGAAAGGGGAGUAAAUAAAGGAGCCUUCAAAGCAACUAUGACUAGGAUAUGGAAUGCUGAAGGGGGUCUAUCUUUCAAAGACUUUGGCAGAAACAAAUUCCUCAUUGAAUUUCAAAACCUCUCUGUGAAAAACAAGGUGCUGGCUGGCCGCCCCUGGUCCUUUGAUAGAAGUUUAAUCUGCCUCCAAGAAUGCAAAGGCAAGCAAGCCUUGAAAGACAUCCAGUUCGAGUUAGAACCCUUCUGGAUCCAACUACAUGACCUUCCUUUUGCAGGCCUAAAUAGAACUAUGGGUGAAAAACUGGGAGCAAGUGCUGUUAAGGUCCUUACAGUAGAGGUUGAUGAAAAAGGAAGAGCAUGGGGGGGAGUCCUGCGGGUAAAGAUACCUUUCAAAUACGAAAGGCUCCCUUCUUUCUGCUACCUCUGUGGAACAAUCCUGCAUUCCCACUCCAACUAUUCAAGGCAAGCUAUAGAUGAAAGUUUCCAGCCUGCAUCUCAAGCACAAUAUGGCUCCUGGCUUAGAGCCACUGCACCGCAUAAAACAUCAAGCCACCAACCUCAGGCAGGCAGUCCAGUGGGGAGGGUCUCAGGUAGGGGACAACAUGGUAGUUCAGAUGAACAAAGUGCAGAAUUUGACUGGAACAGCUGCUCUAGAAAGUCAAAUGAUGUUAGGGAAACAGUACCUAGUGACCCUGUGCUCUCAAAGGGUGAUGUGGAGGAGGUAAGGGGAGUUGGUAACUUUCAGACUCAUAAGUACAAUGAAAGUCUUCAAAGAUCAGAAAAGGAAGCUUCUCAUAGUCUCGAGGUGUCUGAUGCAGCAGCUAUCAAAACCAUCUCUCCCAAGGACCAAGCAGUCCACCUGGCAACAGACACCAACAUGGCUCCAGCAGUAGAAACUCUACAAAAACUCCACACUGAGGAGGGCCAGAUUUUGACAUCCCCUGAGGAUAUAGGGCCUGAAUUCCAAGCUGUGUUUAUGGACCUCUUCACAUCCUCCAAUCCCAAUAUUUCCAACUCCAUUAUGGAAGUCCUCAAUACCACGGUCACCCCUGAAAUGAACCUGUCCCUUACUAAGGCAUAUACCAAAGAGGAGAUUGAGCUGGCUAUACAUGAAAUGAAUCCACUGGGCUCACCUGGCCCAGAUGGUUUUCUAGCAAUAUUCUUCCAAAGCCACUGGCUCACGGUUGGCAAAGAUGUAACAGAUGCAGUACUAGAGCACCUUAACACAAAGGCUGGGUUCCAAGCUAUCAAUCACACUUACAUAACCCUCAUUCCUAAGAAGAAUUCCCCUAGGAAGGUCACUGAUUAUAGGCCAAUUAGCCUUUGUAAUGUGUACUACAAGAUCAUAGCUAAGGUCCUUGCAAACAGGUUAAAGACCAUCUUGCCAAAGCUAAUAUCAGACACCCAAAGUGCUUUUGUUCCAGGAAGAAUGAUCUCAGAUAACACUAUUGUUGCUUAUGAACUCCUUCACUCAAUGCAAAACAGAAGGAAGAAUGGUAGAGAAGCCUACAUGGCCCUCAAGCUUGAUAUGAGCAAGGCCUAUGAUAGGCUAGAGUGGUCCUUCAUUCAUCAAGUGCUUCAGCAAAUGGGUUUUGACAGAGAGUGGACUGAUCUGAUCAUGCAGUGCACAGGAACAGUGACUUACUCAAUCCUAGUCAAUGGCAUCCCUCAACCUUCUUUCAAACCCUCAAGAGGAAUACGGCAAGGAGACCCCCUUUCCCCAUAUUUAUUUAUCCUAUGCUCAGAAGUACUUUCCUCGGCUCUGAACUUGGCUGAACAGCAAGGCUCCAUCUCUGGUUUCCCUCUUUCAAGAGGCUCUAUAACAGUCAAUCAUUUAUUUUUUGCAGACGAUAGUAUGGUCUUCUGCAAGGCACAUCAACAGGAAUGGACCAAUCUUCAGCUCAUACUCAAUUCUUAUGAAGCAAGCUCUAGUCAGAGGCUCAACCUGGAUAAGUCUUCAAUUUAUUUCAGCAAGAACACAAGCCAAGUAGCUCAAAAUUCCAUUCUAAACUUGGCUGGUAUGAAGGCAUCGGGUCCUUUUGAGAAGUACUUAGGACUACCUUCAUCUGUUGGAAAAAACAAGGGCAGAGCUUUUAAUCCUAUCUUGGAUAGAAUCAAGGCUCAGAUGAGCAAUUGGAAAACAAAUCUCUUGUCCUCAGCCGGGAAAGAGUCAGAGGAAGUGAUUCCUUUGUAUGGAAAGGGCAAGCAAGAUGGGGGCCUGGGUUUCAGAGCCUUUGAAGACUUCAAUAAAGCCAUGCUAGCCAAGCAAGGGUGGAGGCUUCUCAUCAACACCCAAUCCCUUGCCUCCAAGGUUCUAAAAGCCAAAUAUUUUCCCUUUGGUGAUUUUCUCUCGGCUAAAGUCAGAGGAAGUGAUUCCUUUGUAUGGAAAAGUAUAACAGCAGCUAGGCCAUUGUUGGCUGAAGGCCUCCUCUGGAAGAUUGGAAAUGGCAACUCAGUGAAGGUUUGGUUAGACCGAUGGCUGCCUACCCCUACUUCUUUCAAGGUCCAAUCUCCUCUCAAGAUUCUCAGUUCAGGAGCUACUGUGAACUCUCUCAUAGAUCAAGAUACUCACUCCUGGAACCUGGCUCUCAUACAGGAUGUCUUCAUUCCUGAGGAAGUGGCAGUCAUAUCCAAGCUACACAUCAGUCCUUGCAGUAGCAGUGAUAGACUAACCUGGAGAUGCACCACAAAUGGCAUGUUCACAGUAAAAUCAGCUUACCAUCUACAGGUUUCCAUGAAUGAUAGCAGGCAUGGGCAAGGAUCUCAACCUCCUACCCAAGGGGCCCUCUGGAAGCAACUGUGGAAGCUUAAAGUGCCGAGCAAAGUUAAAGUGUUCAUAUGGAGAGCUGCAAAGGACAUCCUUCCAACUAAAGCAAAUCUGUCAGAGGAACAACCAUUCCAUGAACUGCUGGCAGACCAGCUCUCUCUUCUCCCUACUAAGGAACACGUGGAACUGGCUCUCACAGCCACCAAAUUGUGGCAUAGGAGGAACAAGUUUGUUUUCGAAUCUAGCUUUAUCUCUCCUUUACAGGUCUCCAAGUUUGUCUCAUCGAGAAAGAGUGAAGUGGAAGAGCUUAACAGUCAACCAAAGAAGCAACCUCUCCCAACUCAGGCACCAGUUGUGUGGUGCAAGCCUCCUACAGAUUUCUACAAAAUAAACCGGGAUGCAGCCAUUGACAAGGUGAAUUGCAUGGUGGGAAUUGGAGUGGCAGUCAGAUAUUGGGAUGGCCUAGUCACAGCCACCCUUAGAAGUCCUAAAAACUCCUUCCCUGAUCCUCUUCUGGGAGAAGCUUUGGCUGCCUUGCGAGCUGUGCAGUUGGGUCUAGAAAUUGGUCUCCAUAAUGUCAUAUUUGAAGGGGAUUCUAAGCUAGUGGUCAGUGGGAUUAACAGUUGUGCUGAGGACUGGAGUACUGCAGGCCUGAUCUUCCUUGACAUAAAGAAACUUUUGCUUUCCUACCAUACUUGGUCUUUUAGGCAUGUACCUAGGCAGAUCAAUGUAGUGGCACGCACCUUGGCCAAAAGCUCUUUGGAGCUUGGUGAGGAGUCUGUUCUUGUAGAGGAUUAUCCUCAAUGCAUUUGUAACCUCUUUUGCUCGUAG